UAUUAUUGGAGUGUGGAGCAAGCGGCCGGUCUGCAGUCGGAGACUUGCAGGCAGCAAACACGGUGCGAACGAACAGGAGGGGGAAAAAAUAAAAAAGCUAAACGUGGAGCAGCCGGCCGGAGGUCGAGCAGGGGAAUCGAUGCGAAAAGCGCAAUAAAAAAGAACCCACUUCGGAGCAAACAGCAUUUAAAAAGCUACGACUCCACUGAAACCUAAAAUAAAACCUGCUCAUGCACCAUGGUUUUUCAAACUCGGCACCCUUCAUGGAUUAUUUUAUGCUACAUCUGGCUGCUCCGCUUUGCACACACCGGGGAGGCACAGGCUGCAAAGGAAGUACUACUGCUGGAUUCUAAAGCACAACAAACAGAGUUGGAAUGGAUUUCCUCUCCACCCAAUGGGUGGGAAGAGAUCAGUGGUUUGGAUGAGAACUACACCCCGAUCCGAACCUACCAGGUGUGCCAGGUCAUGGAGCCCAACCAAAACAACUGGCUGCGGACUAACUGGAUUUCGAAAGGCAAUGCACAAAGGAUUUUUGUAGAAUUGAAAUUUACCCUGAGGGAUUGUAACAGUCUUCCUGGAGUACUGGGAACUUGCAAGGAAACCUUUAAUUUGUACUAUUAUGAAACAGACUACGACACUGGCAGGAAUAUAAGAGAAAACCUCUAUGUAAAAAUAGACACCAUUGCUGCAGAUGAAAGUUUUACCCAAGGUGACCUUGGUGAAAGAAAGAUGAAGCUUAACACUGAGGUGAGAGAGAUUGGACCUUUGUCCAAAAAGGGAUUCUAUCUUGCCUUUCAGGAUGUAGGGGCUUGCAUAGCUUUGGUUUCUGUCAAAGUAUACUACAAGAAGUGCUGGUCCAUUAUUGAGAAUUUAGCUAUCUUUCCAGAUACAGUGACUGGUUCAGAAUUUUCCUCUUUAGUCGAGGUUCGAGGGACAUGUGUCAGCAGUGCAGAGGAAGAGGCGGAAAACUCCCCCAGGAUGCACUGCAGUGCAGAAGGAGAAUGGUUAGUGCCCAUUGGAAAGUGUAUCUGCAAAGCAGGCUACCAGCAAAAAGGGGACACUUGUGAACCCUGUGGCCGUGGGUUCUACAAAUCUUCCUCUCAAGAUCUUCAGUGCUCUCGUUGUCCAACUCACAGUUUUUCUGAUAAAGAAGGCUCCUCAAGAUGCGAAUGUGAGGAUGGGUAUUACAGGGCUCCAUCUGAUCCGCCGUAUGUUGCCUGCACAAGGCCUCCAUCUGCACCACAGAACCUCAUUUUCAACAUCAACCAAACUACAGUGAGUUUGGAAUGGAGUCCUCCUGCAGACAAUGGGGGAAGAAAUGAUGUAACCUACAGAAUAUUGUGUAAGCGGUGCAGUUGGGAGCAGGGAGAAUGUGUUCCCUGUGGGAGUAACAUUGGAUACAUGCCGCAGCAGACUGGAUUAGAGGACAACUAUGUCACUGUCAUGGACCUGCUAGCCCAUGCCAACUAUACUUUUGAAGUGGAAGCUGUAAAUGGAGUUUCUGACUUAAGCCGAUCCCAGAGGCUCUUCGCGGCUGUCAGCAUCACCACUGGCCAAGCAGCUCCCUCGCAAGUGAGCGGAGUGAUGAAGGAGAGGGUGCUGCAGCGGAGUGUCGAGCUUUCCUGGCAGGAACCAGAGCAUCCCAAUGGAGUCAUCACCGAAUAUGAAAUCAAGUAUUACGAGAAAGAUCAAAGGGAACGGACCUAUUCGACAGUAAAAACCAAGUCCACUUCAGCUUCCAUUAAUAACCUGAAGCCAGGAACAGUGUAUGUUUUCCAGAUUCGGGCUUUUACUGCUGCUGGGUAUGGAAAUUACAGUCCCAGACUUGAUGUUGCUACACUAGAGGAAGCUACAGGUAAAAUGUUUGAAGCGACAGCCGUCUCCAGUGAACAGAAUCCUGUUAUUAUAAUUGCCGUGGUCGCAGUAGCAGGGACCAUCAUUUUGGUGUUCAUGGUCUUUGGCUUCAUCAUUGGAAGAAGGCACUGUGGUUAUAGCAAAGCUGACCAAGAAGGGGAUGAAGAGCUUUACUUUCAUUUUAAAUUUCCAGGCACCAAAACCUACAUUGACCCUGAAACCUAUGAGGAUCCAAAUAGAGCUGUCCAUCAAUUCGCCAAGGAGCUAGAUGCCUCCUGUAUUAAAAUUGAGCGUGUGAUUGGUGCAGGAGAAUUUGGAGAAGUCUGCAGUGGUCGUUUGAAACUUCCAGGGAAAAGAGAUGUUGCAGUAGCCAUAAAAACCCUCAAAGUUGGUUACACAGAAAAACAAAGGAGAGACUUUUUAUGUGAAGCAAGCAUCAUGGGGCAGUUUGACCACCCAAAUGUUGUCCAUUUGGAAGGGGUGGUUACAAGAGGGAAACCAGUCAUGAUAGUAAUAGAAUUCAUGGAAAAUGGAGCCCUUGAUGCAUUUCUCAGGAAACACGAUGGGCAAUUUACCGUCAUUCAGUUAGUAGGAAUGCUGAGAGGAAUUGCUGCUGGAAUGAGAUAUUUGGCCGAUAUGGGAUACGUUCACAGGGACCUGGCAGCUCGCAAUACUCUUGUCAACAGCAAUCUUGUUUGUAAAGUGUCCGAUUUCGGCCUGUCCCGGGUUAUAGAGGAUGAUCCAGAAGCUGUCUAUACAACAACUGGUGGAAAAAUUCCAGUAAGGUGGACAGCACCCGAAGCCAUCCAAUACCGGAAAUUCACAUCAGCCAGUGAUGUAUGGAGCUAUGGAAUAGUCAUGUGGGAAGUUAUGUCUUAUGGAGAAAGACCUUACUGGGACAUGUCAAAUCAAGAUGUUAUAAAAGCAAUAGAAGAAGGUUAUCGUUUGCCAGCACCCAUGGACUGCCCAGCUGGUCUUCACCAAUUGAUGCUGGACUGUUGGCAAAAGGAACGUGCAGAAAGGCCGAAGUUUGAGCAGAUAGUUGGAAUUCUAGACAAAAUGAUUCGAAACCCAAAUAGUCUGAAAACACCCCUGGGAACUUGUAGUAGGCCAAUAAGUCCUCUUUUGGAUCAAAACACUCCCGACUUCACUACCUUUUGUUCAGUUGGAGAAUGGCUACAAGCUAUUAAGAUGGAAAGGUAUAAAGAUAACUUCACAGCCGCUGGCUACAACUCCCUUGAAUCAGUGGCCAGGAUGACUAUCGAAGAUGUGAUGAGUUUAGGGAUCACACUGGUUGGCCAUCAGAAGAAAAUUAUGAGCAGCGUUCAGACUAUGAGAGCACAAAUGCUACAUUUACACGGAACUGGCAUCCAAGUGUGAUAAGCAUUUCUCCCUUAUCAGGGAGAUUAUGGAUUGAGAGAGAACAGUACUGGCCUUCGGUAUAUGCAUAAGAAUGCUGCUAGAAGACAGUUGAUGUCCUGGGUCCUUCCUACAGUGAAGAGAAGAUUUAAGAAGCACCUAUAGACUUGAACUCCUAAGUGCCACCAGAAUAUAUAAAAAGGGAAUUUAGGAUCCACCACUGGUGGCCAGGAAAACAGCAGUGACAAUAAACAAAGUACUACCUGAAAACAUCCAAACACCUUGAGCUCUCUAACCUCCUUUUUAUCGUAUAGACUUUUUAAAAUGUACAUAAAGAAUUUAAGAAAGAAUAUAUUUGUCAAAUAAAAUCAUGAUCUUAUUGUUAAAAUCAAUGAAAUAUUUUCCUUAAAUAUGUGAUUUCAGACGAUUCCUUUUUAAAAUCAUUUGUGUUUAUUCUUCAUAAGGACUUUGUUUUAGAAAGUUGUUUAUAGCUUUGGACCUUUUUAGUGUUAAUCUAUGACACAUUGCUACACUGGGUACCUUUGAAAGAAUCUCAAAUUAAAAAAAAAAAAAAAAAAGAAACAAAAAAAAACAAAAAAAACAACCACAUAGCAUGAUUGAAGAUAUAUCUCUGUCAGAACAUUGGUAUCCUUUUUGUGCCAUUUUAUUUUGUUUAAUCAGUGCUGUUUUGAUAUCAUUUGCUAAUUGGCAGGUAAUCACACAAAUGUAAGUUGCCAAGAGCUCUGGUAUUUUUUAAAAAGAAAUUUUUUUGUAAAGAUCAAACAACACACUAUCUUUUCAAUGAAAAAAGCAAUAAUGAUCCAUAAAUACUAUAAGGCACUUUUAACAGAUUGUUUAUAGAGUGAUUUUACUAGACAGAAUUUAAUUUAAAAAAAACGCAAAUUGUAGGUUUAUGACUAUAAAAAAUUGAGGCACUUCAUCUAAAGAGUGUUGGUGAAGGCAAGUGUCUGAGAGCAAGAACUAUCCAGUGUUACCUAAAAUUUAAUCCGAGCACAUCGAGGUUUUUUUCAAUAUUGAGACAUUAGGAAAUUUAGGAGAAAUAGUUGAUGUAUAUUUUAUAUCCUAUUCUGUUUAAUGCAGUCCAAACACGAAUAGAAAGAAGUAAGUUUUAUAUUAGAACUCUGAAGCAGGAGAAAAGGGGCAGUUCACAUUUUCACCUUUCAGAAACAAAUCGGCUGCACAGAAUAUCACCACUGCAGUUUUUAAAAAGCCUUUUAUUUGUGAACACUGAUGUCAGAAGCUUAUUAAAUGAAAGAGCUCUUUUUACCGAGUAAGGAAAAGGUGAAGGAUCUGGCUUUUUUUUUUUUUUUAAGCUUUAUUUAUUAAACCAUAUUAUUUGAUUACUGUGUUAGAAUUUCAUAAGCAAUAAUUAAAUGUGUCUUUAUAGAUAUUUCAGGAAUGUAUGCAUAUUAUGAGUAAUGCUUUCGAAGUUACGAAAAUCAUGAACUACCCCAGAAUUGAACUGUUGUACUUCCAAAGAGAAUUGGGCUGUUUAUAAUGAUUUUAAUAGAGAAAGAUCCCAGGGAUCGGUCAUAAUUGGUCUUGUUUGAUAAUGUGGGCAUCCACAAACAAACAAAUAACAGAAACAAAAACCUGUAAAUGUUCCUUUGUAAAACUUGUAAAUUUUAUUUAUACUGUCUUGUUUUGUACACACAUUUCUCUGUAGUGGGCUCUGAAUACAUUGAAAAUGCACUAUAUUUUUCUAUUUUACUUGCAGAGCAUCACAAAAGAACAGGUAUUUUCAGUGCUACAUAAUGUGUUUUCCCACAUUUAGGACCAAAGAUGGCUAUAGAAAAACUCAAAUGGAUUGCUUCCCAAACCCCUCCCCACCCUUUUUUUUUUUCUUUUAAAUCACUGUACAGUGUUAUUUGAUAUUUUAAUUUAUUUUUUGAUUGACUAGAAAAAUCAUUUUAAUUUCACUAAAAUGUUUUUUGUCCCUAAGGAAAAAUAAUCUGUAAAAUACUUUUAAUUAGCAUAAUACAGUCACCUAGACACUUCCAUUUGUAAUCUUUGUAAUAGACUGUAAAUAUAUUUUUGGAACUAUAACACAAUGUGCUUGAGGGUUAUUUUUCAGUGUCUGCAGUGUAUACAAGUGUUUAUACUAAGUACAGCACUUUACAAUUCUAAUCAGUAGCAUUGGCCUUUGAGAGAAUGAGUGAAAGAGUUUGAGUGAGUGUUCCUAAUUCCGUUUGGAUUCUAAACUCACUAAUAAUGAAGUUCUUUUCCUGUUCAUAGCUUAAGGUGCUUAUUUUUUCUAUUAAAAUUAAAUUAACAAAAAGCCAUUCUAGAAAUAGAAGACAUAGUAUGGUACAUGCAAACAGUCUCUUUCCUGCUUUUUUCUAGCACUAGAUUUAUAGUUGAUUAGUCUUUCUUGAGUAGAAGGGCAGAAUAAAAGUUUUUUUGAGUUUUUUUUCAAAAAUAACUUUUUCUUCAGCAAUAUACCUCAUCUGCCUUAAAUUUUUUACAGCUCUUUACAGGGAAAGGGGAGAAGGGAUGGGAAAAGACACACAGCACAAUAGGAAGUGUAUGAAUACAUCACUCUCUCGUUCGUAGGUUUCUUUUCCCAAUCAACGUUAUGAUUUUGAAAUACAUGUAUGUGAAACAAACAUUCAGAGAAGAAGAAUUAACAUUGUAAUGCUGAUUGUAAUACUCUCUUCCAGAAAGAGAUGACAUGGUAUAACGAUAAGAAUGUACACCUUGCACCUUGAAAUCUUUUUUUUUGAUAAAUUAGUGCUCAGGGGAGGAAAGGUACAGAAAGCGAACGUCAAAAAUAGAACUCAAAAAUUAUAAAAAUGCAAAAGGAAAUGGCCUCCUUGCUUUAACAGAGCCACCUUUUUUAGAAUGCUGUCUUCACACUUGACUUGUGUUUUGCAUUCAGGACUGAAAUAAAAGUAACUUUUAUUACAUCUGAAUCUAACAUUUUCUCAGCAAUCGACCUGGGCCUUGUUUACGCGAACUGGUGGUUUAUGCUUGUCAGAGCACUAUUAGUUGAAUCAUAUUGUAUACUUAUGUAAUCUACAUUAGCUAGCACUAUUUAGGACUAUAUUUUAAUUGCUCUUCUUAUCCGUGUUUUUAAGACAAUUAAAAUGGUGUAAUUCACCUCUUUUUUUUUCUUUCUUUCUUUUUUUUUUUUUCUUUCUUAAAUUUAGGUAAUGCUGAUAUUCUCCCUUUCGUUUCCUGAGUGGCCAGAACGGUGCUACUCGCUGAUGUGCAUGUUCAAAUAAAUUAUUGAUGUGUAUUUUUUUGCUCUAUGUGGAGAAAUCAUGGGGAACUUGGGGCGAGAUGUGCUCUUUGUUGGUUGAAUUUGUCCCUCCUUGCCUAACAAUUACUACAGGGGUCAUCCUUUUAUAAGGACAAACUGCUUUUAAACAGUGUCUUCAAUGUAUCAAGCACAAAUAACUCUUUCUUCAACACGAAUCAUAAGUCUCUUUUUACCAGCUUAAAAUAAUAAACAAGUCUAUUAGACAAUGGAAAGAAAA